UUAUCUGGAAGCGUACAGGAAUUUUGCGUGUAAUAAAAUUGGUAUUGAGCUAAGUGGGCUACAAUACAUGCGUGAUGUUUUUGAUUAAUCUGAAAAUCUCUAUUGUAACGUUGUUACAUUAAUGUAACGUGUAGAUAGCCUCCUCUGGUUUAUUUUGCAGUUUUGUUUAUGGAUUUAGAAAUUAGAGCAGUUUGAUUGGGUCAGUUGAUGGUGUGGACUUCGCACGCAUAAACGAAGUGUUCGAGUUUAUAAUUAAACACCGGUUAUGUUUAAACUCAGCGAUUAGUCUUCAGUUUUCGUAAUUGUGAAACCGCUUUUUACCCGUUAGUAGCGCACUUGUCACAACGCUGACACUGGAAUAGAGGAUAAGUGCACAGACAACAUCUCAAAAAUGCAUCUGGUGGUCCGUCGAUACAGACCUUCCGACAAGGAAUCUGUCCUGGCACUGUUCAGGGAAGGCAUCUUGGAGCACAUCAAUCCCUCGUUCUACAGAGCCGUGAGCGACCCUCUCCAUGUGGGGAUCAGCCUGCUCCUUUCACUGGCUGGUUGUCUGCUGGGAGGCUUGACCGCCCCCUGGGCCCUGCUGCUGCCAGGAGCCUGGGUAGGUCUGAUCUACUACUGUUGCUGGGAGCUGUACGCCGCCUUCGUCAGGGAGAGGCUGCGCACCGACAUGCAGGACAUCCCGGGGUGCUACCUGACCUCCCCGAAUAACUGCUUCUGGGUGGCUGAGGCCGAAGUCAACGGCCGAGUGGAGAUUCUGGGUAUGGGGGCCAUUGUGGCCAAGAAGGUCGAAGGCGGACGAGAGGGGGAGAUGUGCGGCGAACUGUUCAGGAUGAUCGUAUCGCCGAGGUGCCGUCGGAUGGGGCUCGGUUCCAGGAUCACACAAACAAUUGUUGACUUUUGUAAGGAGCGAGGGUUCUCUAAGGUCGUCCUGGAAACCAGUUCCACCCAGGUGUCUGCUGUGGCCCUGUAUAAGAAGAUGGGCUUCAUACCCGUCCUCUCACACACCAAGACGUACUCGCCUGAAUGGAUGACUCUCCUCUCCCGAGUUACCAUUUUGAAGAUGGAAAAAGUCAUUUAGGCCUUGGGAUGCUGCCAUGUUGCUAUUCUCCUAGAGGCUCAUUCCAGUGUUUAAAUACAUUUGCUAAAAUCAGGCAUUAAUGGGAGGAAAUUAUACAUGACUGUGCAGACCUGAGUUAGAAUACUGUCAAAUGUUCCAGCAUUUACUGUAAUCCAUUUACCGUAAUCCAUUUACUGUAAUUCAUUAACUGUAGUUGAGGCCACACAACUACACACAGGAUCCUUGGAUUUCUUGUAAAGCUUAAAGUAAUCGAUUUGGAUGCACUGUACUGUAUAUUUUAUAAUCGAUAGCGUCAACUUAAUCACAACAACAGUUAGCAUUUGAAAGACUAGUAUGAUCAGGUGACCUGCCAGGAAUAUGUAAUAAAAGUAUACUACUCUGUG